CCUACUGUUUUUAUUUUGAACUGUAGGGGGGUGGCACGCCUCGAAGGAAAACACAGACAAGGUUGAGUGUUACAACCCCAAGACUAACCAGUGGACCAUGUGCGCCCCAAUGAAAGAACGACGCUACCGGCCCGGCGCUGCCGUGGUGGAUGGAAAGAUCUACGUCCUAGGAGGAGAGGAAGGAUGGGACAGAUAUCAUGACACAAUCGAGAGGUACUGCGACGAGACCAACACAUGGGAGAUUGUCGGGGAGAUGCCCACCAGUCGAAGCUGGCUCAGCUGCGUAUCACUCUUGCUGAGAAAGGACGAUUUGUCGCACUACUACCCAAGUUUGCCAAACAGCUAAGUGAUGACAUCCGAGAGCAAUGCCUUCCCGCGUCAAUGCGCACCCUCAACAGGAACACAGAACCACCAUGCUCAUAGCUGUAUUUUUGUAUUAUUAGUAGUAUUGUUAUUUAUUUAUUUGAACUCCGUGUAACUGUGAGAGUGACAAGAUGCUGUAUGGGCCAAGAAAUCCAACUGAAUAUUUUUCGUAAGGUACCCAUGCAAAGGAUAAACGUGAGCUGUGCUUUGUAUUAUAAAUGUUUAAGGAUUGUAGUUAUUUCGUGUUAAUUAUUUUUGUAAUUGGUGUCAGUAAAUUUUAAUUAGAAGUGACUUUAAUAAAAUUAUUCAUUAUCUUUUGAAACAGC